AUAAGUGUAGCGGAUAUUGUUUAACCGCCGUUGGAUCGGUGCCGAAAAGUGACAUAGAAAACAGUGUUCCUUUAUUUUACAACGGUGAAUUUCGAUUUGGUCGUUCGAGUAUUCCCUGUAAUAGAUACUAUGCAACUACGUGUAAAAUAAAUACUUUAUUGUUAUGCGAUCACUAGGUAAUUCCAGCGGUAAACAAUUAGUUUCGUAAACUAUUGAUACGUGUGGCUGCGAGGGAUUUGAUGUUGUAUUAUUGUAGGCAAAGAGAUGGAGUCAAGAUUACCAAAGCCAAAAUCUCAAUUAGGAAACUUGAUAAGUAGAAUACCCAACAGUAGCAUAAAAAUGAACAACCAAAAAAGUACAAAAGACCCACUUGAUGUACCUGGAUCAAGUACCAGUACUGUUUCUGAUUCUUUGAAAAAAUCUAAAAGUGUAAUUAAUUUAAAUUCUAAAUGUACAAAUGAAAAUAAGCCACCGCCAAAACAAAUGCUGAAUAGAUCCAAAACAUUGUCUACUAUUACGACUAAAGCAGUUAAAAGGCCAGCCACUAGCAAUGCAAAUCAUACAGAGGCUAAAAAACAGUUUACAGCAAGGCCUAUAAGACCAGCAACUAUGCAAAGAGCUGGUGCUACAUUAAUAGGCAAUACAAUCAACAGAACUGUGAAAAAUACAAUAACCAAAACUAUACAGAAUGCAUCUAUAGCUACAACUAAACCUUCCAAAUGGGACUUAAAGGGUCGUCUUGCCCAUACAAGUAACGAAUUGUCUAAUAUACGACAAAUGUUCAAAGAAACUACAACCAAGUUCAGUAAUGUUCAAGAGAAGAUGACUGCUUUAGAAACAGAUGUAAAUAUGUAUAAAUCUAAGGCCGAAGAAUUUGAGAGUGCAAACAAGCUAUUAGAUACUGAAUUGAAAACGAUCAAGGAAGAAAGGGAGGAUUUAAGUAAACGUCUAAAAGAUACAGAGAAGUCUUAUAAAAGUGCUUCAGAGUCAUUGAAAGAAUUUAAAGAAAAAUGUGUUGAACAGGAAGAGUUGAUUCUCAAGCAUGUAUCUGAGAUAAAAGACUUACAAACAAAUCUCAAGGUCCAGAGACAGCUUAAUGAGGAACUCAGCAUAAAGAAAGAUGAGUUACAGUCUUUAGUUCAUACAAUGGAUAGAGAUCGUAGGAUACUGCAUAAUACUAUACAAGAGAUGAAAGGAAAUAUUAGAGUAUUCUGCAGAGUACGUCCUAGAACUCCAUCUGAACUUGGGAAACCAAUGUAUGUUAUGAACUAUGUGGACGAAUGCACCAUUGAAGUGGGCAAGCCUGAUGGUUCAACGAGUUGCAGUGGGAAACUGAGAGGAACGCGACAUGAGUUCUCUUUUGAUAAAGUUUUUCCAUCUUCAGCUAAACAGGAGCAUGUCUUUGAAGAAUUAUCCCUUCUAGUUCAAUCUGCCUUGGAAGGAUACAAUGUCUGCGUAUUUGCUUAUGGCCAGACAGGUUCUGGAAAAACGUACACUAUGGAAGGUUUACCUGGCAUUGAAACAGAAGGCAUGAUACCUAGAACGGUACGGCAUAUUUUUCAAGAGAUGAAACAUUUUCAAUUGCUCGGUUGGGAAUACCGAAUAGAAACUAGCUUUCUCGAAAUUUAUAAUGAGCAUAUCGUUGAUUUAUUGGACUCUCAACCAAAGACGCACGAAAUCCGAAUGGCUGAUAACAGGGGACAUGACUUGUUUGUUACCAACCUCAAGAUUGAGGAAGUUCACAGCCCUGAGGAAUUACAGGAGUAUCUUUUAAUAGCUCAACAGAAUAGAGCAGUUGCAGCUACUCAAUCGAAUGAGCGAUCGUCAAGAUCACAUUCAGUGGCAAGAAUACGACUCAUUGGGAGGCAUAAUACAAAAGAAGAAAUUUCAAUUGGAAAUUUAAAUCUAGUUGACUUGGCAGGUUCUGAACGAUUGAAAAACGAGGAGUCUGUUCGAAUGACGGAAACAAAAAAUAUUAACAAAUCGUUAUCGAAUUUAGGUAACGUUAUUCUUGCUCUUCUGAGAAAACAAGAACAUGUUCCUUAUAGAAAUUCGAAGCUCACUCAUUUAUUAAUGCCCUCUUUGGGUGGGAAUUCAAAAACUUUAAUGUUAUUAAAUAUAUCACCAUUAGACGAAGGUUAUAGCGAAACUUUAAACUCGCUAAGAUUUGCUAGCCAGGUGAACAGUUGUAAAACCGGUAAUGUAAAACGAACACGAACAGUUUUACAUACUUCUACAUGAAGCCUUAUCAAAUGAACUUGCAUUUGUUAUACUUAGCUAGCUUGAUCAGACUGCCAGAUACAUAUUAAUUAAUAGUUUAUAGAACAAAGUAUUUUUAUAGUCUGAUAA